AGACAUUGACUUGACGCACGUUCGUAGAUUGAAGGCUAAAGUUACACCGAUAUAUUUGCACUUGCAGAUUCGCAGUCCAAGUUCUAAACAGAACCAGAGCGCGUGGCUAUAGGGUUUUUGUUAUAAUUAAAUAUAAAAGUUCCUUUUUUAUUCUGUUUAAUAAAUAUUAGUUCCUCGCAUUUUUCUUAAAAUGGCUGAGAAACAAAUAAAAAACCGUGUCUGCAUCGUCGGUUCAGGGAACUGGGGUUCAGCUAUUGCUAAAAUAGUGGGGCGCAAUGCAGCACGCCUUGCUAAUUUUGAGGACCAAGUGACUAUGUGGGUGUUUGAAGAGAUGAUUGAAGGAAAGAAGUUGACAGAAAUCAUAAAUGAAACCCAUGAGAAUGUUAAAUAUUUACCAGGACACAAAUUGCCUCCUAAUGUUGUUGCCGUACCGGACCUAGUGGAUGCAGCUAAAGAUGCAGAUCUGUUGAUCUUUGUUGUGCCUCACCAGUUUGUUCGCACAAUAUGUUCAACCCUAUUGGGCAAAAUAAAGCCCACAGCAGCUGCACUUUCACUUAUAAAGGGCUUCGACAUCGCGGAGGGCGGCGGCAUUGACCUCAUCUCGCACAUCAUUACGAGAUGCCUGAAGAUUCCGUGUGCAGUUCUAAUGGGUGCCAACAUUGCUUCCGAGGUGGCGGAAGAAAAAUUCUGCGAAACAACGAUAGGAUGCCGAGACGUGAUGCUGGCCCCGAUGAUGCGCGACAUCAUUCAGACGGAGUACUUCCGGGUCGUUGUGGUGGAUGACGAGGACGCAGUAGAGAUAUGUGGCGCUUUAAAGAACAUAGUGGCAGUAGGGGCUGGUUUCGUGGACGGGCUCGGGUUCGGAGACAACACGAAGGCGGCGGUCAUCCGGCUGGGGCUCAUGGAGAUGAUCAAGUUCGUGGACGUGUUCUACCCGGGCAGCAAACUCAGCACGUUCUUCGAGUCCUGCGGCGUCGCGGACCUCAUCACGACGUGUUACGGUGGCAGAAACAGAAGAGUGGCGGAGGCGUUCGUGAAGACAGGCCGUUCUAUCAAAGAGUUAGAGGACGAGAUGCUCAACGGACAGAAAUUACAGGGGCCCAUCACUGCCGAGGAGGUCAACCAUAUGCUGGCGAACAAAAAUAUGGAGAACAAAUUCCCCCUCUUCACUGCCGUAUUCCGCAUCUGCCGAGGCGAGUUGAAACCCAGCGACUUUAUCGACUGCAUUCGAAGCCACCCGGAGCAUAUGACGCAAGUAACGCCAAAGUGUUCUCUGUGACCGGAGUGAAGCCUCCAUGAUCUCACCACGAACGCCUGACCGCACUAGCAUUCAUCAAAAGACGUUUUCUAAUAAUAUUGUAGUAUGUAUUUGUUAAUACUUGCCUGUAAGUAUACUGUACUAUGAUCUUCAUUCUGUUACUAAUAUAGGUAGUUAAAGCCACGGAAUAAGGAAUUCGCUUGUCAUUUUUAGUUUUGAACACUUCGGGGGCGUGUCCUAAACGAACACACCUAUGUGUAAAAAUAUAGCACACUAAUAGUAGGGGAGCCCUGGAUGCUAAAUUUGCAGUUACUCGAGCGUCAUGGGGACCGAUUGCAUUUGGUAGAUUAAAUUAUAGGAAUAAUAAAUGGUUAUUUCCUUUUUUCGCUUUUAGCGGUGAAAAAAAAAACUACAGACUUUAAAAGCAAUUUUUAUUACUUUGGUUUACUGAAAUUGUCAGAAAAUUUUAGCGAUUAAUCGAAAUAUUUUGAAGGAAAUAAUAUCGCGCUAGUAACUCGAGAACUAAAAUAUAUAAGGCUUUUAUUUUGUAACCAUUCCAUUACGUUAUGACGGCCUCCGUGGCGCAGUGGUAUGCGCGGUGGAUUUACAAGACGGAGGUCCUGGGUUCGAUCCCCGGCUGGGCAGAUUGAGAUUUUCUUAAUUUGUCCAGGUCUGGCUGGUGGGAGGCUUCGGCCGUGGCUAGUUACCACCCUACCGGCAAAGACGUACCGCCAAGCGAUUUAGCGUUCCAGUACGAUGCCGUGUAGAAACCGAAAGGGGUGUGGAUUUUCAUCCUCCUCCUUGACAAGUUAGCCCGCUUCCAUCUUAGAAUGCAUCAUCACUUACCGUCAGGUAACACAUUACACACACAUAACACAAACAUUCUAAUCAAGGGUGCAUUGUAGUCAAGGGCUAACUUGUAAAGAAUAAAAAAAAAAAAAAAAAAAACGUUACGCUCAAAUCGUCGGAUUUUCGAAAUUUACAGUUCUUAGCUGUCAACUCACCUUAUCUGAAUCUGACGUGCUGGUUGAGUAUUUCUGAAGAUGGUUUUUUUUGGUUGCCCUAAACGUACCCACGAGUAACGAGUAACUGCAAAAAUCCUCUCUUCGGCUCCCCUACUAUAAUAAACUCCUUACAUAAUUAAAAAACUAUGAUGUUGACUGAAAUGUGAGAAAUAUGUUAUUCUGCAGUGUUCGCAAAAAUAACUUAAAUGUCUUAAUUUAUAGUUGAAGGUUGUUUAUUCUUUGCAACUACUUAUUAUUUUUAUUGACACAGAUAUAAAACUUUUUUUCGAAAAAGUUCCAUUUGUUACUUCUCAUCAUCUUUUGUCAUCUUUUGUUUUUUUUUUUGAGAAAAUCGAAUUUAUAUUAAAAAAGAAAGACUUUAAAAGAGCUCAUAUAGAGUCUACUUUAUUUAUUGCAAGAACAGUGAUAUAUAGUGGUGAAUUACAGUGAUAUAGUUCUAACUAAAGUUUACUCUAUGUAACAAUUAUUAAAGUCCAUUUUCUUAUAAUACAAACACAUAAGCGUACGUCUUCAUAUAAGAGAAUACGCAGGCCACGCCCCCUAAGUUCUAUGUUCUGUGGUUAAAGCAAACUUAUAGUUAAAUUUUAUAAUAAUGACUUGUUUGAUGCUUUUUAUCUGUCUAUACACUCUAUACACUUCUUCCACUUCGUUUUACUUCACUUAUAACUAUCACUUGUAAUGUCAAGUGGACACUUGUUAAAACAAUUAGAAUACAUAUCGAGAGUUAAAGUUUCUUGUCAUAUAGACAGUGAAAACAAUUUUAGUCAAAAAAGUUUAAUACUUUUUUUUUUGGAAUUUGCCUUAUUACACUCUAUUUUAUUAUUAUUAAAAAACGUCUUUUCACAUAUCAUAAGCACGGCACUCAUUGUUAUAAAACAUAUCACAGUUAUUUGUUUAUGUAAGUACCUGGUUUUUAUUGGUCUAUGUUUUUAUUUUUUGUAAUAAUAUUUUUAUGUUUGGCAAUUUUUUUUUAUAUUAUAGCCAAAAAAAGUGAAUUCAAAAUUCAUAUUUUGUUCCUAAAGAGGGCCUCUAAGGGAAUACUUUAAAUUUAAUUGUUAUUUUAGUGGGUAUUGGGUACUUAGUUCUAGUUACUUUAUUAGUCAUUGAACAUUAAAAAUAAAUAAGUACGAGUAUAGUAUAUUUCGGAAAGUUAGUUACGGUUUUGGAUGUAUUGGUAAGACCAGACCAGCAUUUGACAAUAGAUAUAGAGAAUAUAUUUACACAUGAUGUAACAACGACCUUCACUGAGCUAGUUAUUGAAUGAUAAGUAUUUUAUAUUAAACUACCGACCCGCUUCGCUUUGCUAGCUACCUUAAUUUCGCAGAGAUGCUAUGUAGAUACUAAUAUUAUGAUUAGACUAUUCAUCUAUAGUAGGGUAGAGUAGGGUAGGAAUAGGUUAGGGGUAGGGUUGUGUUCCUACUCAUCCCCUGUAUGGUAGGGUAGCUGUAGAGUGGGAGUAAGGUAGGGUAGUAGUAGGGUUUCACGCGGACGAAGUCGCGAUCGCCCGCUAGUAAUUCAUAAUAUUAGUAUCUACUACAGGAUAUCAUUAUGGCACACACCGCGCCCUCCGACCGCUCCACCAACCGACCAAUCGGGACGAAACGAGGAGUAGGAUAGGGGUAGGGUAGAGGUAGUUUGGGGGUAGGUGGGGGUAGGUAGGUGUAGGGUGGGAGAAGAAUAGAGGUAGGGAAUGAGUCAAAGCGAAGCUUGACCGGGUCCGCUAGUAUGAUAUAAAAAACUUCAUUUAAACCAUCAGCUCAGUGGAGGUCGUCUUAUAUUGAGAUCAUCUUCUACUUCGUCUAUAAUCUAAUCAUUACAUGCAAAACCAAACAGACUACGCGAAAUGGGUUGACUAUAAUAGUAUGUAUUCUAAGUUUAGAAUAGUACUAAUGAUUUUAAAUCAUAAUAUAGCAGCAAACUGGUAUGAGUUAAUAAUAAGUACUUAAAACAGUUAUAUUAUAACUAAAUGAUUUUUAUCUGGCACGACAAUAUUGCCUUCUUCUUGUGUAUUGUCUAUGAAACAAAAUGUCAUCUUCAUUUAAUUUUCAGUGUGACGUCACGUUUUUUUACUAUAUAGACACUACACGAGUAGAUAUAGCAUAUGAAUGUGCCAUGUAAAAUAUUUUUUAUAUUAAGUUAUAAACUUGAAAACCGAAAGUAAGGGUUUAUAUUGCCAUUUUUAUUAUAUUUCCCUACUUAAUAAACCUUAAUUUUAGAAAAUAUACAUGUUAUCGGAAAUUACGAAACUAACUGGAAUGGAACCUUUGUCUGUUUGGUAAAAAACAUUGGUUUUUUUUUUUUUAAUAAAGAAUAUUUGCCAUAUUUUCCACCAAUGACCAAUAUUCUCAUAACCAUAAUGGCCAAUGUUCUCAUUACUAUGACUGUAUUAAGAGUCGGUAUGACAAUAGACCAACGGAGAGGGGAUCGAACCACCACCCUUCGGUGAUGAGUCCGACCGCUCUUACCGCCCGUUGAGCUAUUGAGGCUCUAAUAUUACAAUGUAUAUUAGCUGAAAUUUAAGAAAUUAUCUUCAGUUUGGGUUACACUGCUCAACAAAUAUAAUAAUUUAGUUAAACUGAAUUAAUCUUGGGAUUUCAUUAUCAAGUUAAUAAUUAUGAUGAGGAUUAGGAGAACUAAAUGCCAGUAAUGUAAAGAAAUAUUUUUAUUAUUCAUAUUGAGAUAUUUUACAUUAUACUUAUACAAGCAAUGUAUAGUUAUGCUUACUCAGUAGGCCUACGAUGCAUGCCACAAGAUAUCAGGUAAAAAGACAUAUUGACACCAAUCUGCAUAUCGUCUCCAAAGAGUUAAAAAAUCUUUUGUGGGUUUGGGUGUACUCUUCUAUAACAAGAUCCCCAAGACUGUGAUGGACUUGCCAAUGCACAACUUUAAGCAAUGUGUUAAAAAACAUUUACUUAGUCGAGGUUACUACACUAUUGAUGAGUUCCUUAACGACAAAGGUGCUUGGAGGCCAUUGGAUCAGCUUCCACCUUCACACAGGAAAUAAAACUAUAAGAAAUUGUAAUUUAAUUGUUAUCAAAUGUAAAUUGUAAUACUGUAUGACUUUUUCAAAAGAGCAACUGUUGAGUUUCUUGCCGGUAUCUUCUCAGCAGAACCUGCCUUCCGAACCGGUGGUAGAAUCUUUACAAAUAGUCAACUGACGUGUCAAAAGUGCUUGUAAACUGAGCCUACUUGAAAUAAAUGAAUUUUGAAUUUGAAUUUGAAAUUUGAACCAACAAUUGUUGAACAAUAGCGGCGGAUCAAAAACAUCGCUAUCUCUUUCAUCCUAUCGGUAAUAUUACCUUAAUUUCAUAUUAUCUCUUUCAUCCUAUCGGAACGAACGAAUACCAAUUUCUAUAAAUUCUUUCUUUCUGUCUUUCCAUCGAGAGAGAAAGACAGCAGUGACAGCAGGUCAUUGACGAUGACCGCAGAUCUAAGAGACUCAUCCAAGGUCUCCAUUAGACCUAGCAUUCCUCAGCGACAUAUCUGAUGAAGUGAAAAAGUCAUAUUGUCCACCAAUAGCGGUGGAAUAGUCUUAGUCCCAGUUCUUUAGUCUCAACGCGAUAAAAGAUAGAUAUAUUUCCGGUUCUGCCGCUCUUGGUCGACAUUUGUUAGUCUUUUGUCUCGAGAUAUGUCGUGGUGCGGAUCUUAAGCUUACUGGAAGUCAGUUUGGCUUUGUGUAUAAAAGUAUGAGUAAGUUGACAAUACAAACGCUAGUUUGUGUGUAAACUAAAGGAACGUCAGCAAAGCUAGAAAUAUGUUGAUAAAUUAUUUAUUUAUUUAAACCACUUUGUUGGACAAGAAAAAGUACUUAUAAUUUUAUUAAGAAACUAAAACUAAAUAACACGCAAAAGGCGACCUUUCACGUUAUUUAGACUAAUUCACUAAUUUUGACGUACCUAUGUUGGCUGACAUAAUAGACGAAAUUGAGAUUCUAUGUAACAAAUGUCAUCUGGUACCUACUGACAACCCUUCGUGGAUAUCAUACAGUAGGUAGAUGACAUUUCUCAGUUGAUUUGAUGUUUAUUUAAAAGAAUGUUUAUAAAUACCAAAUUUGUGAAUAGGCCAGAAGGUUCCCUCCAUAAUUUGUGAGACGGAAAUUCGCAAUAAAAUAGUACAUAAUAUAUUUAGCGUAAUAAUAUAUUGGGUAGGGGUAGAGUACAGGAUGGAUAGUAGUCAAGAGUGGUUACAGAUUUCUCUUUAUAUUCAGGGUAUGGUAGGGGUAGGAGUCAAAGCGAAGCUUGACUGGGUCCGCUAGUAUUUUAUAAACAUGUUUCUACUCUGAUAAUGUUUCUUAGGUUUACACACAAGAGCGACUUGUUUUCAAAACUACAAUUGCAAUCAAAGCCAAACAAUCUUCCGAUAGCCGAAAAGGUAUCUAUACUUAGAUACGUAAUAAUUUCAAGUACUUAUUUAUUACUUUUAAGCAUAUUUUUUCUUAGUUAAAGUAUGCUAAGGAUUGUUUUUUUUUUUUACCAAGUCAUCAAAGAAAUCACCAUGCCAAAAACAUUGUAAAAUAUCAUAUAUUGCAAAAUGUCAAUCGUGUAUGAUCAUUGGUUGAUUCCAUAACUACAUUUGAAAAGCAAAAGCCUUUCCUUUUUCAUGCAUCCAUUGCGUUUUUCAGGAUUCGCAUUGUAAAAAAAUCGCAUUGCAGUAUUUGCUAAUUUGCGGCAAAGGUAAGGAAGGUAAGGAAUUUGGGCUUCUGUUUUUUAUUGUCAUUGACAUUUUAAUAACUUCAUUAAUAUAUGAGCAUGUUCUAUAGGUGUAGCAGCUACUUCAUACCAAAACUACUUAAAUUGAUUAUAAUAUUUUACAUACAA